UCCGGCUCAGGGACUACAUUCCCACGGCGGCAGUGAGAGCGUGGUUGAGUAACGAGGUGUGGCUUAUUUCGCUCAGUUUGAAUCAACAAGUCGCGCAGGCAGCAGCUUCUCCAUCGUCCCUCCGCAGCGGCAGGUGGUCACCGCGCGUCCUGCAGCCUGUGAUCCGGAUUAGGACAUGAGUUCUCCCCAGAGCCCGCAGAGCCGCGGCUGAAAUGGACGGAGUAGAAUAACUUCUUUUGGUUGUUUUUCGAACCAGAUCACUUCUCCUUUUUUUUUCUCUUUUCUCUUCUCAAGGACGCGGAGAGUGAAGACUACCUUUGAUUAAGGCUUUUGACGGGUCGCGCGUCUCCUGCGCGCUUCGUUCUCUCUGGUCAGAGAUCUGAGCUAAUUUCUGAUACAUAUAUAUUUUAUUUGUUUUUCUGUUUUUCUUUUUUUUUUUUUUUUUUUAACUUGAAGUUGACGCAUUGCGAACAAUAAUGGCACUCGCCAGAUUCAGCAAAAUAUUCCGUCUGCCCACGAUUGACAUCAAAAAGAAAGUCAAGCAGUACGAGCACGUCCACCGGGACAUCAACCCCAACGACAUAUGGGAAAUUGUUGGCGAGCUGGGCGACGGCGCGUUUGGAAAAGUCUACAAGGCCAGGAACAAAGAGACGGGAGUUCUGGCUGCAGCCAAAGUCAUCGAGACAAAAUCUGAGGAAGAGUUGGAGGACUACAUCGUGGAGAUCGACAUCCUGGCAAAAUGUGACCACCGCUACAUCGUCAAGCUGCUUGAUGCUUUUUACCAUGACAACAACCUGUGGAUCAUGAUCGAGUUCUGCCCUGGAGGUGCCGUGGAUGCCAUAAUGCUAGAGCUGGAUCGUGGGCUGACGGAGCCGCAGAUUAAGGUCGUAUGCCGCCAGAUGCUGGAGGCUCUGCAAUACCUCCACUCCAUGAAGAUCAUCCACAGAGACCUGAAGGCCGGCAACAUCCUCCUCAUGCUGGACGGGGACAUCAAAUUGGCUGAUUUUGGUGUCUCUGCAAAAAAUACCAAAACCUUACAAAGAAGAGAUUCUUUCAUUGGAACGCCAUACUGGAUGGCUCCGGAGGUGGUCAUGUGCGAGACCAUGAAGGAUGCUCCGUACGACUACAAGGCCGACAUCUGGUCUCUAGGAAUCACGCUGAUCGAGCUGGCGCAGAUCGAGCCCCCGCACCAUGAGCUCAACCCCAUGAGGGUGCUGCUGAAGAUCGCCAAGUCGGACCCUCCCACCCUGGAGCAGGCCAGCAAAUGGUCGCAAGACUUUAAAGAUUUCCUGAAGACGGCUUUGGACAAAAACCCAGAGACUCGUCCAACCGCAGCACAGCUCCUGGAGCACCGUUUUGUGAGAUCGGUGACGUCCAACCGUCCGCUGAGAGAGCUGGUGGCCGAGGCCAAGGCUGAGGUCAUGGAGGAAAUAGAGGACAAUAGAGAGGAAGGCGAGGAGGACGACGCCAUGGAGCUCACUGGGACUAGUCAUGCCAGUUUGGAGGGAGACCAGACUCCGGACACCUCGAGCCCCACCACGCCCUCCUCAAACACACCAGUACCUUUCGUCAGGAAAGAGGCCGAGCCUGAAACGCCGGUGGAGGAGCCCCCGGGCCCCGCCGCCGCGGUGGUGGCGGCGGUGGGCCCCGCUGUGGUGCCGCAGAACAACCUCCCUACGAAGGACGCGGAAGAGAUGGCCGACAAAAUGGCCGACGAAGUCGCGACCAUCGAGUCGGAGAAAUCGGAGAGCGAGUCGUCGACCAAGACGUCCAGCUCAGACUCGGGCAUCGAGGAUGGGAAGAGCACCCCGACGAUGGAGGAGGAGAAGGUUGCCGUGGAGACCCCAGAGACGGAGCAGCCACCGCCUCGCCGUCAGUCCGAGUCGUCUGAGGAACAUCCCAACAGCACUACAGCCACCAGAGAACAGCCGGCUCCAGGUCCGAGUCCCGCUGCCGUUCCUACGCCCGCUCCCGCUUUCGCCCCCACGGCAGUGCCCGCGGCCCGUUCUCGGCCCAGAGAAAACCUAUCGAAGGGAACCCCGGAGCGGAUAUCGCUGGGAGGAAACGCCUUCAUCAAUGGAGGGAUCAUCAACAAGCGGUGCUCUGACGCGGGCAGCAUGGCGUCCGACAGCAUGGACAUUUCCAUCCACAAGGAGAGCUCCACCAUGUUCGCAAGGGACUUUUCCAGUAAGACCCUGAAGCGAACCAGGAAGUUUGUCAUCGAUGGCGUGGAGGUGAGCGUCACCACCUCCAAGAUCAUCAGGGAUGACGAGAAGAAAGACGAGGAGAUGAGAUUCCUGAGACGACAGGAGCUGCGUGAUCUGCGCUUGCUGCAGAAGGAGGAGCACCGCGCUCUGUCUACUCUGAACGCCAAACUGGAGUCGCAGAGGGAGCAAAUGCAAAGACGCUUCGAUCAGGAAAUAAAUGCCAAGAAGAAGUACUACGACACAGAGCUAGAGAAUCUAGAGAAGCACCAGAAGCAGACUAUUGAGAAAAUGGAGACAGAUCACAACGUUAAACUCAAAGAAGAGAAUAAGCGCAUCAAAGCGGAGCAGGAACGAGACUACCGCAGGUUCCAGGAACAAGUAAAACAAAAGAAGAAGGAGGUGAAGCAAUCUAUUGAUAAACUGCCCAGAAACCAACGUAAAGACACCUUGAAGCAGAGCAUGACCGCCUUCCAGACAAUGAAGUUGAGAGAGGAGGACAAGUUCCAGUCCAACCAGAAGGCCUACCUGGACGCCACGCUGAACAAAAUCAUCUCCAACAACAAGAAAGAGAUCGCAGAGAUGGAGAGGGAAUGCCUCAACAAGAAGCACCAGCUGAUCCGAGAGCGUGAAGCUACAAUGUGGGACAUGGAGGAGAAGAACCUUUACGAGAUGCACCAGCUAUUGAAGCAGCAGCUUAAAGACCAGUACUUCCUGCAGAGGCAUCAGCUGCUCAAGAAGCACGAAAAGGAGCAGGAGCAGAUGCAGUGCUACAACCAGCGAAUGACCGAGAUUCUCAAAGCUCGGCAGCAGCAGGAGAAGAGCCGCCUGCCCAAAAUCCAGCGCAGCGAGGCCAAGACUCGGUUGGCCAUGUUCAAGAAGAGCCUCCGCAUCAACUCGACGGGCAGCGCCGCCGAGGACCGAGAGAAGAUCAAACAGUUUACUCUGCAGGAGGAGAAGCGGCAGAAGGCAGAGAGGAUGCAUCAGCAGCAGAAACACGAGAACCAGAUGAGGGAGAUGAUCGGUCAGUGUGAAAGCAACACCCGCGAGCUGCAGCAACUGCAGAAUGAAAAAUGUCACAUGCUGAUCGAGAAUGAGACUCAGAGGCUGAAGCAACUGGACGAGCAACACAACCAGAGGUUGAAGGAGUGGAGGGAUAAGCUGAAGCCCAGAAAGACGACGCUGGAAGAUGAGCUGAACCUGAGGAAACGGGAGCAGGAGGCUUUCUUCAGCAUGAGCGAGAGCUUUGAUUUCCCCAACCCCAGUUCCCCCACCAGGCUCUCCAAGUUUGUGCCUUACCAAGAACCUUCAAACUCAUAAAAACAGAUGCUGUGACAUUGCACAAUUUUUUUUUUUUCCCCGCCCGUCGUCAGAACUGAACACGGCCGCAGGCGUUGGAGUCGCCUGCUGCCUCAGUUUGAAUUUUUGCAGCGUAGCCAUCCCUCCAUUAGGUUUCUUUAUAGGUUUGUUGUGCUUCACAUAAUUCACUAAAGAUCUGCUUUACUGUUAGCUUACUAGCUUUCUAGUAAAAAAACAAACAAAAAAAAGGCAUGAAUAGAAUAAUUCUGACAAGCCAAAUAUCCCAAAUUGAAUUAUUUGAAUUAAUCUUUAUGCUAGGGAGCGAGCAGUUUCUUCGAAGUGCUCAGCCAGGCCAGGGAGUUUCUGUUUGGAUGAUGAGAACAUAUGCCAUCGCGCCUUUUGUUAACCCUAAAUUCCCUAAAAAUGAUUUACUAACACCCCCCGUUACUCCCCUCUGCCCCCAGCUGCCAAAGUCUGCCUUAAUUUAUUUUUUUACCGCUAACAGAACAAUGAUAUCAGAUGUCUCACUGUAAAUCUUGAUUUAAAUAUUGUUCUUUGGCUCUUUAACCCAAACCAAUGGUAUGAAGGACGUGCUUAUUUUUUUUUUUUUUGUGUGCGUCUUCUUUCUUUUAAUGAGGGAUGAGGCUAAAUCCAAAGUUAUUCGAAUUUAAUGAUUUCUUUUUAAAUGAUUCUUUAGAUUUUAACAAAUGAAUAGUGUUGCUCUGUUAUUAUAUUUUUAUUUUUUACUGUAAAGAUCUGUCACACUGGAUGGGAACUGACAAAGCCAAAGCUUUUUGAAGGAUGUUAAUAUAGAUAGGUGAUUCAAAUCCGGAUUUAAAAAUUAAAAAAAAAAAAGAAAUGUAUUAUGUGGAUAAGGACAAUACGAUGCGCAGCGGAUUAACUGCCUGCUUAUCAAUGUGCAAUAUUAUUAUGUAUGUCUUUGCUUGAAGAGGUUUAUUUUUCCUAAACUUUACCUUCCUUUGCACUGAGACGGGGAAUAAUAUAAAGAUGCGCGGAACCUUCGUGAAAGAAACAUUUAACAAGUAAAUCAUUUUUUUAGAGAGUCGGAAGCAAUAAUGCGGUGGUUUAAUUUAGUAACUGAUGAUGUGAUUUUGAAACGCAGCUCUUUAAGAUGUUUUAAGGGGGUGGAGGGGGCAACAAAACGUUGUGAGCUGCAUGAAUUCUCCGAACAUCAUGACGAACCCGUAGACUUAAGAAGCAGCGGCCUGGCCUGUAGAGUCAUGAUUCAGGGCGUCAGUCGGGUACAGCUCCCUUUCUCUCUGAAGUAUUUAAAUUUAUUUUGAAAACAUAUGUUCUGUCCUGUUUAACGGCCCCGUCUCAUGUCUUCCUCUCUGCCUCAGUUUACAUAACAUUAUUUGUGUGGAGGGCUUGUGAGUGUGAAUGAAACUGUAUCAGAAGGAACCACUGUUGUAAAUAAUAACUCCUAAUAAAUGCAGAUUUUCUAAUUA